AUCGAGAAUAUAGUGUUGCUGGAGAAACUUGUCUCCCAUCUAGAACGCGCAUUCAAUCGGUUUUUUUACCUCGUUUUCGCCGAACCUUUUGAUCUAGGGCCGCCAGAUUAUUUUGGCCGCGACAUGGCUUGGGAUAUCGCUAAAAACAUAGACAUCAUUACUCAGCCAAGCGAUUUUUCAAUAGUCCUUUCCAGUGAAACUCUACCGGGACAGUUUGACUGUUUAUUUGUGGCUUUUUCUCAGUGGAAGAAUGGGGAUCAAACCGCUGGGUUAUUAGCCGAGGCAGCCGACCGCCGGACAGCGAGUUACAGGGCGAACAAGACAAAUAAGGUCCCGCAAUCAUGUGAAGGUGCUCAACUCACCAAGGCGCGUGCGGAGUCAGCGAAAUCAGCCACAAAGCUAGCUACUGAGCAAGCCAAAAAGGACGCAUCCCAAGCAAAGGCAGCCGAAAAAGCUGCGCGUGACCAGCGGAAACUCGAAGCAGAAGAACAGAAGAAAAGAAUGCAAGUGGGAGCGAUUGCACUGGACCACGCCAAUCCGCAAGCAUUGGAGAAGCCCCCCAGUGCCAAGUUGAAACGCGUGGCUGAGGACUUUUUGGAAGGCGGACCAUCUAGACAACUUAAAGGCAAUCCCCCAACGACAACACGUCCAAAGCACCCCACCAAUACCGCGAAGAUCGACCCGCGGCUGUGUCCGCAAGGUUCAAUUUGACCAUGUUACGCAUCCCGGCCCGCCAUACGUUUGGCACCUGUGCCGGAGGCCGCGCGGUGGCGCUCUCACCCAAACUUUCUGCAGAAUAGGUCAAAAACAUCGCCAGUGACGUAUCCGUGAUCCCGUUAAGGUUGGCCUGGUAAAUAAUUUUCCGCCCGGCUUCUGACAAUAUUAGCUGCAUGAGCUUCCGUAACUGUGUAAUCCCACUGUCUCAAUGUGUUUGACCUUUGCAAUGAAUACACACAUGUUUCUACUC